CUUGCAGCUGGGCAGUCUUCUCAGCGUGUAGGCUGGUAACCACGACUUCUCCGCCAGGUCCUGUGUGUUGCUGGCUGGAGAAGGGUGGUUGAAAACUCAGACCAAGCACAGUGUUUAUGUUGGUCAAAACUAGAAGACUAUGUCCGGGCGUGGCCGAGGCUGGAGGAUCCCUUCAGGCCAAGAGCAACCUAGCAAUAUGGCGCGACCGGAUCUCUGUAGUCCUGCCUCAGCCCCCCAGCUACUUGAACCCCAAGGUUCGAGGCUCCAAUGAGCUAUGAUCCCACCACAGCAUUGCAGCCUGCCAGACUGAGACAAAGUUUCACACUUGUUGUUCAGGCUAGAGUUGCAAUCUCGGCUUACCACUACCUCUGCCUCCCAGAUUCAAGAGAUUCUCCUGCCUCAGCCUCCCAAGUAGCUGGGACUACAGCUAGAGUUUCACUUUUGUCGCCCAUGCUGGAGUAUGAUCCUGGCUCACUGCAAUCUCUGCCUCCCAGACAUGAACUUAUGAAUUCAACACAUGAAGACUUACAACUUGAUAAACCAGCUUUAGGAGCUGAAGCCUUGGGGAGCACUGAAGCCAAGGCUGUACGAUACCAAAAAUUUGAAACACAUGUGAAUGAGCUGAAUGUGGAAGGACUACCAGAAAACAUGCCUUUCAGAAGCCCCUCAUUGCAUGGAAUCCCAAGGCUUGAAAACAUCUUUCAAGUGGGCAAUCGAAUUAAGUUUGUUAUUAAGAGCAUAUUUCAGUUUGAAGUAGCAACAUUUCAGCUGUUCAGGGAUAGCAGUUACUAUUUGCCUUUAGACCUUAAUGUUUAUUCAUGUGUGCCCUGUUCCUAUUCUGGCCUGCACACAAAUAUCACAGCCUAA